AUGUUCAACAUCAGUCAGUUCACCCCAAAAUAUUUUUUACUCACUGGUUUCCCAGGUCUGGAGGCUCUGUAUCCCUGGUUCAUACUCCCAUUCUGUUCCACAUAUCUUGUGGCUCUUGUGGGCAACAGCCUCAUCUUAACAGUAAUCAAGAAAACCACCUCUCUCCACCAGCCAAUGUACCUCUUCCUAGCUAUGCUGGCCUUUGCUGAGCUUGGUGUCUCAGCCUCAACACUGCCCACUGUGCUAAGCAUCUUCCUUUUUCGUGCCAAUGAGAUCAACUUUGAAGCCUGCCUUCUGCAGAUGUUCUUCAUACAUUCCUUUUCUAUCAUGGAAUCGGGAGUUCUACUGGCUAUGUCUGUGGACCGUUUUGUGGCCAUCUACAACCCACUACGAUAUACAACUAUCUUGACCUUGCCCCGUAUUGCUGGCACUGGAGCUGCCCUUGGACUGAAGAGUGUGAUGCUAAUGUUCCCAUUGCCCUUUCUACUGAAGCGUUUGCCCUUCUGUGGCCAUAAUACCCUCUCCCACUCUUAUUGUCUGCACUCAGAUCUGAUUCAGCUACCCUGUGGAGACACUCGUCCCAACAGCAUUCUGGGGCUCUGCAUUGUCACUUCCACUUUUGGGCUGGACUUUCUGCUCAUUGUGGUCUCUUAUGUGUUGAUUCUCCACACAGUGCUGGGCAUUACCUCUGGAGAAGGGCGGCGGAAGGCCCUCAAUACGUGUGUGUCUCAUAUCUCUGCAGUGCUUGUGUAUUAUGUGCCUAUGAUUAGUGUGGCUCUGGUACAUCGAUUCAUGAAACAUGCUGCACCUGCUGUCCGCCUACUCCUAGCCAAUGUCUACCUUCUGGUGCCUCCUGUACUCAAUCCCAUCAUCUACAGCAUUAAGACCAAACAGAUUCGCCAGGGGUUGCUACAACUCUUCCUUCAUAGAAAAUAUUAA